AUGUAUGCAGUAUUACAGGAAACGCAGAAUAAAGGAAAACAGAAAAUUUCCUGGUCAAAAAAGCAGCAUUUGUCGGCACCAGCAUCUGGCUCAUGUAGCAAGAGUGCCCUUAUCAAGUUUUACGAAGAACAAGGUGGGCAACUUAUCACAAACUCCAAGAGAAAAAUGGAAAAUGAUGAAGAUGCUGGAUCUCAUAAGAAGUCAAGAGAAGAGGAGUCUGACCCAGAACCACAUAGGAUUCGACUUCUAUCUUGGAAUAUAGAUGGACUUGACAAAGAUGCAAUAAAAAGACGGACAAAAGCAGUGUGUGAAAUCAUCAAUAAAGAGAACCCCCAUGUCGUCUUUCUACAGGAAGUGACAGCUAAGACUCAACCAAUUUUGGAGUCGAACUGCCCUGCCUACCAGAUUAUACCUGGGGGAGAUGAGCACUAUUAUACCUGUAUGUUAAUGAAGGUGGGACAGGUAGAAGUGAUCCACCACCAAACGCUGCCCUUCCCCAACACAUCGAUGUCGAGAAACCUCCUACUUGUACAGUGUAAGAUUAAGGAUGAAAACUUUGUUUUGAUGACCUCUCAUUUGGAAAGUGGCGAAAAAUAUUCCGAGGAACGUGUGGCUCAGCUACAAAAGGCUUUUCGUGUGAUGCAGAAAUCCUCACAGUCGUCCACUGUUAUAUUUGGAGGGGAUCUCAACUUACGUGAUAAAGAAGUUGCCAAUAUUGGAGGCCCGCCUUCGGGUGUCCAGGAUAUCUGGGAGAUGACUGGUCAACGUCCAGAAGCAGCUUACACCUGGGACAUGUCUCGCAAUGACAACAAGCUUUUUCUUGUUAAGUUCAAGCCCAAGUUAAGAUUUGAUCGGUUGUACAUAAGAGGGGCAGAGCCACCUGUUAUUGAUCCAGUUUACAUGGAACUUGUUGGAAUCGAACGUGUUGCUAAGUGUGGAAAGUAUCCUAGCGAUCACUGGGGACUAUUGACUCAUUACAACAUAAUUUCAAAGGUCAAAAAUGUUGUUUCCAAAGUCUAAUGAUCAUGGAAGUUAUUCAGUUAAUUUGUAUCUUUAAUUUAUAGAGUGAUUUUGUAACAGUGGUACAAAUGACAUUUUAAAGCUUUCAUCUGAGCCAGCAAUCAUAAACAAAGCGAAGUAAGUCUUUAUUUAGGAAUUUGUUAUACUAUAUUACGAAUUACAUCAGUCAAUAUUCAAUAAUCAAAGGUCAUACUUGAUCACUUUUGAAAUGAAAAUGAUUAAAUAUCUAAUGAAGCCCUCAACUUAUUUAGUUAAUAUUCACAUCAUAGUAUAUACAUACAUGUACACUGUAUUAUAACAUCAUGUUCUACGCCUGAUUUAUAUUCGCUGUCACUUAAUUGUCUACAUUUAACCUUACAUUAUUGGAGAAGAAAUCUUACAAACACAUGGGGAUGGAGAUUCUGGCUUCCUGUAUGCAUGUUAUGACCAUAACUGUUGAUAGAAGGUUAAACAAUUCAAAACAAAACAGACACUCUUAGGGCAAUGUGGGGACCUGAUGGGAGAAUUUAAGUAAUAGAUCAAGGAAUGAAUGAGAAUGAUCUGCCCCUUAAUGGAAAAUAGAAAUUUAGACUAAAUUUGAUCACAAUUUAAAUUUGAUCACAAUCAUUCCUUGUUGGAUGCAAAAUGUUUCCCGGGAAUCUAUAUCUUAAUGUCUUUCUAUACAAAGAAACGAAAUAUAAAGAUGUGAAAUUUAGGCCAACUGGAUCUCUUCAUAAAACAUAUAUUUGUUGAAAGUUAUAUUUGAAAGGAUAUACUUCUAAUUAGAAAUUUAGUGGUACAUAUAUGAUAUCCAUUAUUUUAGGUGUAUGCCUACACUUGUACAUGUAAACUAGUGGUACAAUAAGAACAUUGAUGCCUGCACAGAAAAUUUGGGGAAAAAAUCGUAAAUAAUUUUAUUGUAUCGAUGGAUUUGAAAACACAUUUAACACUUGUACUAAGUUGAUAUGACAGUUGUAAUCUGAUUUAAAGAAGAUUAUAUGCAAAGACAGAUAUCAAAGUAAAAUAUGUAUGCAGCAAUUUACAAUGUAAGGAGAGUUAGACAUUUUGCCUUGUGCUUUCACUGUUGCCAGCAUUGCCAUAAUUAUUAUGAUGGUUACUCAUUUCUUCAAAUGUUUUAUUAUUAACAAUAUUUUAUUUGUUUAAUUUGCACACAGGGACUUGACACGAAUCUUCAUGGUCUAUAUAUACAUGUACAUGUUAUAGUAUUGAUACUGAAGUAUGGACCAUGGCUUGGAAUUUGUCAGGUCCCUGUGGUUAUUGCAUCAUAAGAUUGUAGAGGUUAUUGUGCCAUAUUGAACUGUUACAACCAGAACCAUUUUAGGACAAGAAUGUGAUUGUAUUAUUGUUAGAAAUGAUUAUUGUUUUGACAAAAAAUAAACCUAUCAUUAACA